UUUUUUUUGUUUGAUAUCAUGUCUUUUAACAAAGACAUUGACAGUUUUAUACCAAUAACGCACAAGGAGAAUAAAGUUACAGCAUUUAAAAAUGACUCAAGUCUGAAAGACAGCAAGUUGGUACAAAAGAUGACAGUUGAGAUAUGCAAUACGUUUGAGAAAAGAAACCCUCUUUUUCGAUAUGACAAAGCUUGCAACCCAAAACGUGUCCUUACCAAACCGAGUUUAGCGCUAAAGAAUGAUGGAUAUGACAAUGAAAACGCAGAUUUUAUUCUUUAUGUUCAUGGGCUUAUUGGACCCGAAUACAGUAAAGAAAAAUACUCAAUUAUAGACAUGUUAGGUGCUGGUACAUUUGGACAAGUAGCAAGAUGUAGAAAUAGAGAGACAGACGAAUUAGUAGCCAUCAAAGUGAUAAAGAACAAACCUGCCUAUACCAAGCAAAGCUUGAUUGAAGUGGAAAUUUUGAAUCAUCUAAAUAGGUACGAUGAUCCCGAUGAUGAACACAAUAUUAUUCGGUUAAAAGAAUCGUUUGUGUACAAGCAACACUUGUGCAUUGUUUUUGAAUUACUUUCAGUCAACCUGUACGAACUGAUCAAGCAAAAUCACUUUAAAGGACUAUCUACCAACCUUGUUCGUGUGUUUUCAAGUCAAAUAUUAGAUACACUCCAAAUCACCAAAUCAGCCAAAAUCAUUCACUGUGACCUGAAGCCAGAGAAUAUUCUGCUAAGAACUCUAGAAUCACCAGCUAUCAAGGUGAUUGACUUUGGCUCUGCAUGCUAUGAGUCUCAACAAGCUUAUAGCUACAUUCAAUCCAGAUUUUAUCGAUCUCCAGAAGUAUUGCUUGGCGUGAACUAUACAACAGCCAUUGAUAUGUGGUCCUUUGGCUGUAUUGUUGCUGAACUCUUUUUAGGACUGCCUUUAUUUCCAGGAAGCUCAGAAUACAAUCAACUCUCUCGGAUCAUUGAAACUGCCGGAGACUUACCCGACUAUAUGAUUGCGAACAGUAAAUACGGUUAUCGGUACUAUAAUCGCAAAAUGACAACUACUGGCAUACGCUAUUACUUUAAAUCACUCAAACAGUACUCUGAGGAACGAAGUAAACCAGAGAAACCUAGCAAGCGUUACUUCUCCACCAAUCAACUCAAUGAACUUGUGCUGAAAUAUCCUAUGCCUCGUAAAGACAUGACAAGUUCCGAGAUAGAAAAGGAAAUGAAGACCAGACGAAACUUACUGGAUUUUCUGAAAAAGGUGCUUCAUGUAGAUCCUUUGAAACGAUUGACACCAAAAGAAGCUGCUUCUCAUCCUUUUAUCUCAGGUGAAACCACAUGCGAGAUGUUUGACCGAUAUUUGACUCGAAAGAACAAAUUCAAGCGGCAUUUUGAUUGUGAAAGUAAGCACAGCAUUAACAGUGACGAAGAAGAGGAUGAUCCCUAUAUUCUGGCUGGUGUUCGAAGAAAGUCGUUUGCUAAAGAUCAUGCUAAACAUGAGAAUAGUGUAUCGCCCAUUCAAAAGUAUUACGGGUCUGUCCUGAAUCCAUUGCUUUCACCUCCUCUGGAUCAACAAGAACAAUCAAUAACCAAUGGCGCACUUUUCCCCUCUUAUCAAAUUUAAUUCGAUGAUUGGCUAACAUAUACGUGUCAAUUUUUUAAAAAAGCGGCAUAUUAUUGGUCUAUUUAUAUCUAUUUUUUAUAUAUAAAAGGACAUAUAAUUUAAUGAACAAGGUCAAUACAGC